ACACUCCUCGGCAAUUUAGGGAGGCGUCUGUGUACGUCCGACCCAUUUCCUUAUUUGCCACAGUUUGUCAGACGCGUUUUGAACUUUCGACCGGCGCUUUUUGCACCCAAGAUCGACUCCUGGUCCGCGGUUUUUGUGUCAGUUGUUAUUAGCAGCAUCGCGUGUCUUUUUGCGGCUCGAAAUUUACACGGAUUUUCGGAUUAUCGCGAGGUGACAGCGGCGCAGCUGGCCAAACCGAAUCACUCGUGCGCUGGUACAGUUGGUGCGAAAAGUUUUCGACGAUCUUCAAGUGUCAAUAGUACACUCAACACCGAAAACAUUCAAGUCGAGAUGCGGACUGCGUGAAGUCGGCCGCACAAACAGCGAGCGCGAUACUCGGAUACUGUUUGAAAAGAAGAGGCUGAAAUACGAUGGGAAACUCGGCGCUGAAACAGCAGUACGACACUGCGAGCAAAACCGGUGUAUUGAACUUGUCGAACAAAAAACUUGACGAGUUUCCACAGGGAUUGAAGGCCUUGGAAUCCGUUCUUAGGAUACUCGACCUUUCGGGAAACAAAUUCGCCAAGCUUCCAAACGACAUUGGCGACUUUAAUUCGCUGAAGAAUUUAAACGUCAGUCACAACAAACUUGGCACUUUGCCCGAUGUGCUGGGGAGGCUUGGAAAGUUGGAAAACUUGAACGCUAGUUUCAAUCAGAUAAGAGUACUGCCGACGUCGAUGUCGAAGCUAACGAUGCUGAAGCAGGUCAACCUCUCCGACAAUCAAAUAAGCGAAUUCCCAGGGGUCUUCAGCGGCCUGAAACACCUCGACGUUCUUGACCUUUCAAAAAACAAAUUGACCGUGGUGCCGGACGAGGCAUCGGGGCUUCACGUUAUCGAACUGAACCUCAACCAGAACCAGAUAUCAUCGAUUUCCGGAAACCUCGCUGAAUGCCCACGUCUCAAAACUCUUCGACUCGAGGAAAACUGCCUUCAACUCGCUUCGAUUCCCGCCCGUAUUCUAAAGGACUCCAAGGUCUCGACUCUCGCUCUUGAGGGGAAUUUAUUCGCUAUGAAGGACUUUGCUUCCUUGGAAUUUUACGAUCAGUAUAUGGAAAGGUACACCGCUGUUAAGAAAAAGAUGUUUUAAUUCGACCAAAAUGAAGUUAGCAACGUUACUCUAUCGAUGUAUGUUUAGGAGAAAUCGUUACUUCGCAUCUUUAGGAUCGUUGGAAAUUAUCAGGCUAAAGUUUUUGUAACUUUAAUGGAAUGAUGCAUAUUUGA